AUGUCGUCGUCCUCGAAUUCGCCGUGUGCGGGGUGCAAGCUCCUGCGGCGGAAGUGCACACAGGAGUGCGUGUUCGCGCCGUACUUUCCGCCGGACAACCCACAGCGGUUCGCGUGCGUGCACCGCGUGUUCGGCGCGAGCAACGUGUCAAAGCUGCUGAGCGAGCUCAGCGUGGCGCAGCGGGACGACGCCGUCAAGUCGCUGGCGUACGAGGCGGAGGCGUGUCUGCGCGACCCCGUCUACGGUUGCGUGGGCUUCAUCUCGCUCCUGCAGCAGCACCUCCGUCAAAUCCAGACGGAGCUCCACAACGCGAAGAAGGAGUUGGCAAGGUACCCUAGCCCCCAGGCCAUGCAGGUUCUUUUAGCCAAUCCAGGGAUGUUGCAACAUGGUGGUAUUGUUGUGCCUCAUUUACAUCAACCAGUGUUCAACGCUCUGUCCAACCAGAUGGUUGGACAGAACGUUGGACAGCAGGAGUUUCUAGAAACUCAGCAAAUGUUUCUCGCAAAUAGGGAUCAUCAACAUCAGCAGCAACAGCAACAACAACAUGUUAUGCUUCGGAGCUACGAACAGCAAGAGUUUAUGAAGUUUAAUAAUGGUGUGUUUGAGCCUAGUGUUGGUGGAGGGUUUGGGAACCAAGCGGAGGAGUUCUUGUCUCCUUCCUUGGCUCUUGGAAAUUUCGAGAAUGUUGAGUCUUACCAGAUGCAACAGCAAGGGGAACAACAUCAUCCCAUUGAGGCGCAGUUGCUCCUCUCGCCACAGCAAGAGUCACAAGGACAACAUCAGCAACAACAGUGUGCAAGUGAGGAUGGGAGGAAUGUUGUUCCUGCUUGA